GCGGCGGCGGGGGCCGGGGGGGCCCGGGCGCGCGGGAGCGGGAGCGGCCGGGGGAGCCGGAGCGCACCAUGGAGGCGGCGGCAGGCGGCCGCGGCUGUUUCCAGCCGCACCCGGGGCUGCAGAAGACGCUGGAGCAGUUCCACCUGAGCUCCAUGAGCUCGCUGGGCGGCCCGGCCGCUUUCUCGGCGCGCUGGGCGCAGGAGGCCUACAAGAAGGAGAGCGCCAAGGAGGCGGGCGCGGCCGCGGUGCCGGCGCCGGUGCCCGCAGCCACCGAGCCGCCGCCCGUGCUGCACCUGCCCGCCAUCCAGCCGCCGCCGCCCGUGCUGCCCGGGCCCUUCUUCAUGCCGUCCGACCGCUCCACCGAGCGCUGCGAGACCGUACUGGAAGGCGAGACCAUCUCGUGCUUCGUGGUGGGAGGCGAGAAGCGCCUGUGUCUGCCGCAGAUUCUCAACUCGGUGCUGCGCGACUUCUCGCUGCAGCAGAUCAACGCGGUGUGCGACGAGCUCCACAUCUACUGCUCGCGCUGCACGGCCGACCAGCUGGAGAUCCUCAAAGUCAUGGGCAUCCUGCCCUUCUCGGCGCCCUCGUGCGGGCUCAUCACCAAGACGGACGCCGAGCGCCUGUGCAACGCGCUGCUCUACGGCGGCGCCUACCCGCCGCCCUGCAAGAAGGAGCUGGCCGCCAGCCUGGCACUGGGCCUGGAGCUCAGCGAGCGCAGCGUCCGCGUGUACCACGAGUGCUUCGGCAAGUGUAAGGGGCUGCUGGUGCCCGAGCUCUACAGCAGCCCGAGCGCCGCCUGCAUCCAGUGCCUGGACUGCCGCCUCAUGUACCCGCCGCACAAGUUCGUGGUGCACUCGCACAAGGCCCUGGAGAACCGGACCUGCCACUGGGGCUUCGACUCGGCCAACUGGCGGGCCUACAUCCUGCUGAGCCAGGAUUACACGGGCAAGGAGGAGCAGGCGCGCCUCGGCCGCUGCCUGGACGACGUGAAGGAGAAAUUCGACUAUGGCAACAAGUACAAGCGGCGGGUGCCCCGGGUCUCCUCUGAGCCUCCGGCCUCCAUAAGACCCAAAACAGAUGACACCUCUUCCCAGUCCCCCGCGCCUUCCGAAAAGGACAAGCCGUCCAGCUGGCUGCGGACCUUGGCCGGCUCUUCCAAUAAGAGCCUGGGCUGUGUUCACCCUCGCCAGCGCCUCUCUGCUUUCCGACCCUGGUCCCCCGCAGUGUCAGCGAGUGAGAAAGAGCUCUCCCCACACCUCCCGGCCCUCAUCCGAGACAGCUUCUACUCCUACAAGAGCUUUGAGACAGCCGUGGCCCCCAACGUGGCCCUCGCACCGCCGGCCCAGCAGAAGGUUGUGAGCAGCCCUCCGUGUGCCGCCGCCGUCUCCCGGGCCCCCGAGCCUCUCGCCACUUGCACCCAGCCUCGGAAGCGGAAGCUGACUGUGGACACCCCAGGAGCCCCAGAGACGCUGGCGCCCGUGGCUGCCCCGGAGGAGGACAAGGACUCGGAGGCGGAGGUGGAAGUUGAAAGCAGGGAGGAAUGUACGUUCACCUCCUCCUUGUCCUCGCUCUCUUCCCCGUCCUUUACCUCAUCCAGCUCCGCCAAGGACCUGGGCUCCCCGGGUGCGCGUGCCCUGCCCUCGGCCGUCCCUGAUGCUGCGGCCCCUGCCGACGCCCCCAGUGGGCUGGAGGCGGAGCUGGAGCACCUGCGGCAGGCACUGGAGGGCGGCCUGGACACCAAGGAAGCCAAAGAGAAGUUCCUGCAUGAGGUGGUCAAGAUGCGCGUGAAGCAGGAGGAGAAGCUCAGCGCAGCCCUGCAGGCCAAGCGCAGCCUCCACCAGGAGCUGGAGUUCCUACGCGUGGCCAAGAAGGAGAAGCUGCGGGAGGCCACGGAGGCCAAGCGUAACCUGCGGAAGGAGAUCGAGCGUCUCCGCGCCGAGAACGAGAAGAAGAUGAAAGAGGCCAACGAGUCACGGCUGCGCCUGAAGCGGGAGCUGGAGCAGGCGCGGCAGGCCCGGGUGUGCGACAAGGGCUGCGAGGCGGGCCGCCUGCGCGCCAAGUACUCGGCCCAGAUCGAAGACCUGCAGGUGAAGCUGCAGCACGCGGAGGCGGACCGGGAGCAGCUGCGGGCCGACCUGCUGCGGGAGCGCGAGGCCCGGGAGCACCUGGAGAAGGUGGUGAAGGAGCUGCAGGAACAGCUGUGGCCGCGGGCCCGCCCCGAGGCUGCGGGCAGCGAGGGCGCUGCGGAGCUGGAGCCGUAGAUUCCGGGCCUGCCGCCGCAGCGCCGCCGACAACGCGGGUGCAGGGGGGCGCGGCUGGGCGGUGCAGCUCUGCCCGGCUCCGCCCCUGCAGCCCACACAGCACAACGUCUUACUGUGCCUAUUACCAAGCGAGUGUUUGUAACCAUGUAGUUUUGGAAUCCACUGCAAAAUUUUCUACUGGCCAAGUUCAAGUGAGCAAGCCGUGUCCCCCAACUACAGCUGGAGACGGGGCCAGCUCGGCGGCCUGCUGGUCCUCUGCUUGCUGGAACAUUCUAACAUUUACACUUUUGUUAUAAGCUAUUUAAAACCAGUAAGGAGACUUGAAAUUCAGAAAAUCAACACAUUUUUAAAUGACUCACUUUUAAAAGCCCCAACACACGACGCCAUCUGAAGACCCGCAACGGAGUGGGGGUGGCGGCCGCCCCACCCUCCCCACCCGGGGAAGCCAUCACAGCUCAUCUGCCCGCGGCUGCGUGAGGACAGCAGGGGUUUUUCUUCAGAGUCUAUUUUUUCAGCGACAAGGACCCAGGUCUUCCUGCUGCUGCCAGGGAGAGCAGGGACAGUGCCGCGUGCGAGAUGAGCUCGAACACUGCCCGCCUUACUGCCGCCCACCCCGCCCGCCACGCCGCCGUCGAUGCCAGCGCCGUCCCCACGGGUACCAGGAAGUGCAGAGCCGCACAGGAGCUGCCCCAGAGCUGAGGGGACGGGCUUCGGCUCCUCUGCACCCCGUGAUUCUGCCCACGCUCCUCCACCACGAGGCACUGACCUGCGUCGGGUGGUGACCGUGGCUGGCGGUCACGCCCUCAGCCCCUCCGGGCACACGUGCCGCCUGACCGGGCGACCCUUUUCAGUUCGGCAAACGUCGCUCCCUUCAUUUUGGGACUGAGGCUGCAGCAUUGGAACAAAACAGCAUUAUUUCAAUUUUUCUUUCUUUUUUUUUUUUUUGUUCGUUCAUUUAAACGUAUAUUUAGAACUGCACUUUGUCCACAACCUUCCCUUCUCUUUCUAUUCCCCAGUGAACUGAGGUUUUUACCGAUUUAUAGAGCAGUCAAAUCCGAAGUGCUCGAGUGCUUAGAAACCCCCUCUGGUGCUUGGUUGAACAAGGGAAUCACAAGAAAACGAAAAUGCAAAAACUGAACUUCGGGGGUCGUUCUGUGCCUUCCAGCAUCUUGUACAGCAAAUCCUGACUCGUGUCUUUUUACCCCCAAGAUAUGUCUUCAGUAGCGACUGAAUCUGCCACUCUCAGAAUAAGUUCCUUGCAUUUAUUCCAAAUAAUCUCGUUUACUCUCACCUGUUUAUGCAAAUUGUAUAAGGUUUCUUAUGCCCAAGCUUGAAAAAUGAUUUCCCAGUAGACAAGAGGCGGCUACCUAUCCUACAGUUACGGUAUUUAUUUACAUAAGAAGAUCUUACAGGAGUUCUUUGCUUGAAUCCGUUCUAACACCCGCGGCAGCUGCACGCGCUCACAGAAGGUGGAGGUUACUUGCCCAGGUACAGACGACCUCGGGGCAGUGACGAGCAAAGACCAGAGACUGCUGAGCCCUCGCAUCUGGGUGGCGGAAUUGCCUGCGGGGUUUUGCCCUUGGUUUACUGAGGGGGGUCUUGGUUGCUGCUGAAGCCCCCCACCCCUUCUAAAGUGCAAUGCAAAAGGGACAUCAUGUAUAUGCAGCGUUUGUUUGGAAUUUUCUUUGCUUUUGUUUUCUUUGCGGUUCUGUGUGCAUGGAUUCCACACCUCUGCCGUAGGUAGAUCCGUCAGCGGGCAUUAUUACCGUGUCUUGUAAAGGGUCGGUUUUGUUAUGCAACACGCAGAAUGCUGUUUUUAGCCUUGUUUUACCAGAGUUUUUUUUUUUUUUUCAGUUAUUUCUUCAAGGGAAACUAAAUGAUUUAGUUGGAGCAAAGCUUUAAGUGUGUUGGCGUGCUUCUGUGUGGCUGUCCUGUGUCGCCAGGUCGAAGAUCACAGUGAGGUAGAGGCCCUGCCCCAUCCCCAGGGCCGCCAGGCUUGCUCCGUUUGCUUUGAGUUUUUAGACCCCAGAGGGAGAUGAGCUUUUCCAAGCUGUGUCUGGGCCAGAGCCUCUCCUUGCCCUUGCUCCAUCCCGACGGUCACCGUUGGGUCCACGCCUCCACCGCCCCAUCUUGCCCCAAACGGAAAGCGCUGUAUCUGCAGUGGCAGCCCUUCCCCACUUCGGCUCUGGGAGGGUCCAGCCAGUGUCACCUGGGCCCACCCUUUCCUGCAGCUGCCAGGCCCGUGCGGUCAGUGGGACCUGGACGUGGGCAGGCGAGUUCGGGACCCUCCCAGGCAGUUCCCACAGCUCUUGCCUCGGCUCACCAGGGUCACUUCCACUGUCAGGGGCCUGAGGGGGCAGCUGUGGCUGCAGGGCUGCUCUGGACUGAGGGGUCCCAGGCCCCGAGGGGUGCACGCCUGGCUCCCCUUGGCACAGGUGCGAGUCCGUUUCUUUUCAGCAGAAGGGGGAAGAGGUGUCCGCUGUGUGGGCUGCUGACUCCUCUGUGUGUGAGGCCCUUCAUCUAAGUGAUUGUGUAUUCAGUUUAAUUCUCAUUAUAUUUCUAUACUGAAAGAAGAUUUUUAACGAAGGGAAAAACAACAGCAAUAACAUUCAUAUCUCUGGAGCAGCUAACUCAUACACAUAAUGUCUGCUUUUCGUACAGAACUAGCCAAUGUAAAAACAGUUCACCUGUAAAUACCUUUUCCUUUUUCACCGUUGUAUUAUACAUGUAUAUGCUGGGUCCUUUUUCAGAAACUCUUUUCUUACCUGAGAGUUGUCUUGUUUUCUGGGCUGUUUUUAACUGAGGAAAAAAAAAAAAUGCUUUCCUGCCGGGGGGCAGGGGAGACGGAGAAACCCGUGUGCGUUUCCCAUGUGACCCCCUCCUCCCUGUGGGUCCGAGCCCUGGCCCCCCAUCCCUCCUCCCUGUGGGUCCGAGCCCCGGCCCCCCAUCCCUCCUCCCUGUGGGUCCGAGCCCCGGCCCCCCCCACCCCCUCCUCCCUGUGGGUCCGAGCCCCGGCCCCCCAUCCCUCCUCCCUGUGGGUCCGAGCCCUGGCCCCCCCCACCCCUCCCUCAGCCCACCAGGGUCCAGGGAGAUGUUCGUUCUCGCUUUAAGUCAGGAGUCACAAAUGACUUUUUUUUUUUCAAUUAAGGAAAAAGCUCCAUCUCUACCUUUAACAUCACCCAGACCCCGCCCCUGCCCGUGCCCCACGCUGCUGCUAACGACAGUAUGAUGCUUACUCUGCUACUCGGAAACUAUUUUUAUGUAAUUAAUGUAUGCUUUCUUGUUUAUAAAUGCCUGAUUUAAAAAGAAAAGAAAGAGCUUGGCAUAUUUAUCUAUUUCGCUGUGUACCUGUUAGUCCUUCCCCGACCCCGAAACAGAUGACAUUGUACAAUAAAGGACUUUGAGAGGA